AUGGCUCUUUCAAUCUUCUUUUCGAUGCCACUGUUUCUGAUGUCGGGUGGAUUGUUGUUGAUCUGCUACCUUGUCGUCUCCUUUAUCUCAUAUCGUCGUCUCAGCCACAUCCCCGGCCCCCGCCUCUGGGGUUGGUCAAUUCUGCCCCUCUUUCACCUCCAUGGAACGGGUCAAAUCUACAACAAGUUUGGCGAAUUGGCGACCAAAUAUGGACCUCUGGUUCGAAUUGGGCCAAAUUAUCUUCUGGCAUCGGAUCCCGAAGUCCAUCGGAGAAUGGCCGCUCCCAGGUCACCUUACACCCGUUCUCUCUGGUACCGUGCGGCGAGGCUGACUCCUGGAGUCGACAAUGUCUUGUCGGAGAUUGACGAAAGUCGACACAACGAACUGCGUAAGCGGAUGGCCGCAGGGUAUUCGGGCAAGGAGAAUCCCCAUCUGGAAUCUGAUAUUGAUGAAUGCAUCCUGGAUUUGAUGAAUCUCAUCAACCGGAAGUAUGUCUCCGCCGACGGAUCAGUCCGAAUGGAGUUUGCUCGAAAGGUUCAGUACUUUACAAGUGACAUCAUGAGCAAGCUAUCGUUCGAUGCCAAAUUUCACGACCUGCGCGAUGACAAUGAUAACUAUGGAUACAUCCACGAAGUGGAGACAAUAUAUCCAAACAUCUUCGUGGUCAGCGUCAUCCCGGCUGUUAUUGACUUUUUCACCAAGCUGGGUGUGCUCGAUUGGGUGACUCCAAGCGAAGACAGCAAGCUCGGUGUGGGCAAAAUCCAAGCUAUAACCCGUGCGCAGAUCGCAUCGCGGUUUGAUUCCGAAGAACAACCAAAGGAUGGACAGCAUGAUAUGCUCGGAAGUUUCAUUCGACACGGAUUGACGAGAAAGGAGCUUGAACAAGAAAGCAUGCUGCAACUAGCUGCGGGUUCCGACACCUCAGCAACGGCCAUACGAGCGACAAUGCUGUGUAUCCUGAGAGACCCUAGAGUUCAUAAGAAACUCGUGGCAGAAAUCGACGAAGCUGUGAAAGAGCAUAAGAUUUCGUCCAGUGAGACAGAAGUUAUCCCCGAUGCCCAAGCCCGGACACUUCCUUAUCUCCAAGCCGUGAUCAAAGAGGGAAUGAGAUGGUUCCCACCAAUUGCGGGACUGCUAGCUAAACAGGUUCCUCUGGGUGGCGAUACAAUAUGUGGUCGUUUUGUGCCCGAGGGCACAGCUAUUGCGUAUUCCGCAAAUGCGAUUCAUCAUUCCGCGUCACUGUUCGGUCCAGAUGAGUAUACCUUUCGGCCAGAGCGUUGGAUUCAUACCUCUCAAGGAGGUGACGAGCCGUCUGCAGCGAAACUCUCUGAAAUGGAGCGAAAUAAUGAACUUCUCUUUGGCUAUGGCAAGUAUCAGUGUUUGGGCAAAGGCAUAGCCCUUAUGGAAUUGAACAAGAUUUAUGUGGAGUUGCUGCGAAGAUUCGAGUUUACACUCCUCCACCCCGAUGAUCCCUGGAAGACACGUUGCUUUGGCAUCCACUUGCAGGAGGGUCUCUGGGUGACUGUUAAGAGAAGAAACACGGCAUGA